CACACUGCGCAGGAGCGCCGCGGGGACGCUCACUUGCUCAACAGUCGCAGGUCGGGACAGGAGCUGGGAGCGUUUACCUGCCCUGGGAGGAGGCUUCUGCGGAUGUGAACCUCACCGUAGAGAUAUGUAGAGGAGCAGUGCGCAGUGUUGUUUUUACGCGUUUUCUUUUUCUCCCUCCCCCAAACCGGCUGCGGGACGGGCUCGGUGACAUGACCCCCGCAUUCAGCUUUAAUUAGAAGCACCGCACUCGGGAUUAUGUCAGCGGCGGUGUCUCACGGAGAGAGAAUGGACGCGCAUCCCGAAGAAUAAUGAAGACGAGCUGUCAAAGUAGAGAAAGAAGAUUUUAACAGCCAGAGCGCGAUGGAUGACCGACGGAAAAGGAAGCUGACGUUCCUCACCAUCGGGCUUGUGUUUCUCCUGAGCGGUGUGGAAUAUGCUGUCAUAUUGCCCACAAUAUGGAGGUACUUGCAGACUUUAGAAGCAGCGCCCUAUUUUCUGGGUCUGGCCCUGUCAGCAUUCAGCUUUAGUGGCCUCCUGUCGGGACCGCUGUUUGGCCACUGGUCUGACAGAACUGGGACCAGCAAGAAGAUCAUCUUGUUCGCCAACUGUUUUGAGAUAAUUGGUAAUUUCAUGUACUUUAUGGGCUUCUCCAAAUGGCUCCUACUGUCGAGCAGACUGGUGGCAGGCAUCGGCACAGGUGCCGGCUCAUCUAUCUUUGGCUUUCUAACCAGAAGCACCACCCACGAGGAUCGCGCCACUGUCUUUGCUGCUGUCAUGGCAUGCCGACAAGCUGGCCUUCUGAUUGGCCCAGCAUUUAACAUCUUCCUGAGGCUUUGUGAUUUCCACAUUGGUCCUUUUGUGGUCAAUAAAUACACUGCACCAGGGUUGUUCAUGUGCCUGCUGUGGAUUCUCCUUCAACUGGCGGUGGUCUUCAUGUACUGGGACCUACCACCUCUAGAGAGGGGGAAGGCCAAGGAGAGUUUGACAAGUCGGCACCGGGAGGAGCAGAACGAGAAGGGGUUCGUGGAAGAUGAGGACAACGAGGAGGAAAAGCCAUUGAUGGGGUCCCAGGAGCUGGCGGGGUCGUACGGCUCAGUGGUGACAUCCAACUCACACACCUACCAACACCCCACUGCUGUAAACGCUACGAUGAAUCACAUCUCUCCACCUUCUUCUCCCGUGCCGACCGACUCCCAUGAGUCUUCCAGCCCCUUUAAGAAUUUCAGCAUAUCCAGAGAGUUCCUGAGAGAAGAGGUGGUUGUGCUGCUGGCUGCUCAGUUCAUCACACUCUUCAAUCAGACAGCGCUGGAGACCAUGGUGACCCCGCUGACCCAGAAGUUCUUUGGCUACGGGGAGCUGGAGAACAGCAUCAUGUACUGUCUCUGCGGUGUGGAGGUGAUCGCCGGCUUCCUGUUUGUGCGCUGGCUGAGCCAGCGUGUUGCUGAGCGGGUGGUACUGGCCAUCGGUCUGACCAUCUGCAACAUCUCCGGUGUCUGGUGCCUCAUCUUCCUGGCAAAGCCAAUAGGUGGUUUCCCAUGGCAGCUGACUGAGUUCAUCAUUGGGGUUUUUCUGCAAGUCUUGGGUUUGCCAUUUGUGGCCGUGGCUCAGGUCUCCCUCUUCUCCAAAGUCACUGCUGAGAAAACACAAGGUUUCAGCCAGGGAGUGCGCCGCUCAGUAGGAGGACUUGCUACCAUCCUGGGCCCUCUGUGGGCUGGUGGCCUGACCGAGAACAUGUACAUCAUGAUGGGGGUGAUGAUGGCACUGCUGGUACUGCUAACGAUGAUGCUGGCUUUCUCAUACGACCGACUGGUUGCACCUGCCACAGAGGAGCAAGUGGAUGAGUCUGUCAGCGGUGGCUAAUCCCACAGUUGCUUGAUGCAGUAGAAGUGGAAGUGCACAGUGGGAGAUUGCCCGCCCUGUACCUGACCGAUCCUCCACACUUUCACUCUCUGCAUUGGGACCUGCAUGCAGUGUGAAAACACACACUUGCUGAACUCACACACCUCACUACUUCCUGAGUGCUUUCACUUGUCAGAUUUCUGUGCAGAGGCUGAUCAAAGCACUGAUGUGGUGUAUAUGUAUAUUUCCCAUGGAAAUAUAGAAUCCUGCAGACACUGCAUGCGUAGGUGUCGGAUGUAAAAAUCCUUUCUGUGCUCUUGUGUUCGGCACAAACUACUUACUGAAGUAAGUGCAUCUCACAUUCUACCUGUGUUUCAGCACAUGCAAUAUAACACUAACUGUUCAGCUGAUGGACAUGCCAUAUGGUUGUGGAUUUAGCCGACCCGUGUCUUAGCUCGUCAGCUACUUAAUACCUCACCCUCCGGUAAAAGAGGCAUUCUUAUUAUUGAAGGAGUAGGUUUUUUCAUACUCAAAGUUUAGAUGAUCUAAAAGGGGAAAAAAUCACGUCCAUCCACUUCUGUUCAUAAUGAAGAUUUUUCUCCUUGAACACAGCAAAAAAUUUUGCAACACUGUACGUUUUGCUCGCUUUGAAAGUUGUAUUUAUUCAUCCAAAUGUUGAAUUAUGUGCUUUUAUGAAUGAAUAUUUUCAGAGUGGCCUCCACCAUCAAAGCAAUGUCUCUAAAAGAACCACUAACACAAAGAGUUUUAUUCAUGUGGGUUUUAACUGUAAUGCCGUGUUUGUCAUCUCAAGGGGAUGAGCAUGCUGUUUCAAAGACAUUUCAAACUUCAGUAAUAAAAUUCUCGGGGAAACACUAAAUCCUUGUAGUCUUUAGCAUUUAAAACAGUCCCAUAAGCUGCCUCAGAAUCAUCUCUCAGUAACUAUAUUUACAACUAUUCCUGCUUUUAAUGAAUAAAGCAGCGCGGUACAAGUUUCUUUGUUGUUCGACACUGAUGUAGCGCACAUUGUAAACACUGGUGGGCGCUCUUAGUCUUUCUACCAAAGUCAAUCCACAUCACUACUGCUGAGCCUCAUGUUUGCUGUGUAUCAGUCGGUCAGAUAACUCCAGAAGGUCAAGAGCACUAUUACAAAUACACAUUUAGGGAAGAACUGCUUUUGUUUUGUUUUUUUUGCUAGUUCUUUUUACAAAAACAGUCCUGUAGUUGUGGUGAAGAUAAGACAAACUAGUCAGUCAAAGAACCCCUCCCCCAUAACACAACUUUAGAUUGUGUUUUUUUCUUACCUCUUUAUAAUUUGUUCAGGUAUAUACUCACAAACACCAAAACCACAUUGUGAACUAUAACAAUAUUUAUUUCUUAUUUAUUUUGCUUUUAUUUAUUUCAAUGUUUGUUUUUUUCUUUGGGAUUUCAUGUAUCUAUAGAAACAAAGGUAAACACCCGCUGCACUGCGUUGACUUGUGUUUCAUUAAUCUCUGGGGAAAGUAUGUGCACAGUAAUAAUGAGAGAGAAAAUAAAAAACACUUAAUAACAAUAUAGUUUGCAUGAAAAAAUAAGGAGGAGUUGUUAAAAAAAAUCUUUAAUUCACAUUUCUACAAUUUAAUUGGUUACAUUUUGUCAACUCAAAGGCUGAAAAAUAUAAGCGCUCAGAUUUUUCCCUUCUGUCCAUGAACGCAUUUAAUAAUGCUGUGUCUGCGUAGUAAACAUGAUGUUACGGGGUGCUGAAUUAAAUCCUUUGUGCGUUUUUUCUUUCUUAUUGUUUAGAUGAAAUCACUGUCUUAUGAAAUUAUUAUUAUUUUGUUAUAAAAAAUAUAUAUGCGCCUAUAUAUAUUAUUUUGCAACAAAAAUUAGGAUGUACACAAUUUUUAAAAUAAUUGUUUAAAGAAAAUGUGAUAAAGCCGUUUUUUCUGAACGCAGUUCUUCUUUUUACAUCUGUUUGCUAUCGGCUGUACUUGUAUCUUUAGUUCAUCAAAUGUAUUUAACUUUAUUUGUCUUAUUUAUUACAAUAAUUAUUUAUCCAGUUUCAUUUGUAAGGGACCACAAACAAAAUAUUGAACAUUAAUGUUUCUUUGAUAAAUUAUAUCAGGGUUAGCUCAACGUUUAUUUACAUUUGCAGUCACAGUUUACCACAAUGUUGGUUUUUCAAUAAAAUGUUUUAUAUAUAAUAGUAAUAAUAUAUAGUGUUGUAAAAAAAAAAAAUGACAUCAAAAGAACAAAACUCAGCAUAAUGCAGUCAUGUAAUUUAGGUGCUCAACAUUUCUGAAAAUGUCAUUUUAUUUAACAUGAUAUUAUUUGUACCACAACAUUUAUGUACACCUGAAUAAAAUAAUUUUACUUUGA